GAGUCUUCAACCUGGCUGUUCUGCUACGGAGGUUUAUCGCCUUGGUACGGAGAAGCACCUCUGUGAACCCAUGGAGCAUUUGGUCAAUUAUAUUAUUAUUCACUCAUAAAACAUUGAUAUAUCAUUGUCUAAACAUUUUGUAAUGACUAAUUUACAUAAAAGUACCCGUGGAUUAUCAUGUAUUGUGCCUAUUGUUUCUAAUUGAAUCAUUUUACCUAAGGUUUUGCUAGUUAUUUUUGAAGCCCGCGUUUACCGUCAAAUCGUCAAAAAUUCCUCCGCGAGUACUUCUUUCCGGCUUUCGGUGCAAGAGGAAAACAGCCGGUCAGACUUUAACAAUUGUGCGUAGCAGAACUGCGCCGCCGAUCUGGCCCUCCUCAGCGAUGUCGUCCGACCUUCCGCCAUCUACCCCAGCGAGCAGCAGCGUAUGACGGAGGCCCUAUCGGACUUCGAGGCCUACCUGACUACCUACCGGUGCGACUACGCCGUGCGAACCCUCGAGAUGACCGGCCCUCUCCCGCAGUCCAUCCCCGCGCCCGUGAAGACCCCGGGCGCCGGGUUGGAAUCGAACAAGCGGCCGCGGCGGCGCGGCCGGCGACCGGCUGAGGCCAGCUCGCUGUCGCAGAAUGGCGGUGGGUUCAUCCUGCCCGGCCGCAGUCUGACUGUUGGUCCGGCCCCCGGCGUUCCGCGCCCACCGUCGCACGGAGACGAGCGCGAUCAUCAGGUGUCGGAAGCGCUGAAAAUCGACCUGCCCGACGGCGACAACACCGACUACAAUCAGUGGCUGCUCUCCAAACUGCCCGAGAUCGUCGAGAAGUGCUGCCGACAGCAGGAACCCCCACCUCGGGUAAUCGAGGUCCUCCCGCCGCCGGUGCGCCGCAAAAUCCGCAUCAACGUCACAGCUAACCCGAACCGCACCUCGCCCGGCCGGCGGCAGGAAGAUCACUCCGAAGACCCGGCCGAGGGAUCCACAGACGAGUUUGUGCUGGACGGCGCCGAGCUGCGCCAGGUGCACCGGGCGCGCUCACCGUCCCGGCGGCGGCCGCGGCAGCGGCGCCGGUCGGCGCGCCGAGGCACCUCCUCCAGCGCCAGUUCUCUAGAGUCGGUGCGACGGACAGCGGGGGACGCAGCCACAGCCGAGCUAGUGCGCAGGGUACUGGAGGAGAUGUUUGGCCCGCGACCGGCGACCGGCGGCGGCGGCUCUGAGAAGCAGAAGGAAAACCACAGCAGGAAUAGGAACAGGUCGUGUCAGACUAGUCCUCGGCUGACUUCCGAAAUAAAUGGGAGUAACAGUGGUUGCGGAGAGGGACAGGUUCUCAAAAAGCCCGCAGUUCAAAUUGAGCCACCUACCGCCGCCGAUGCAGCCGCUCAGACGGAGCUAUCUGUGCUGUCCCCGCGCCGCCUGCCGCCUCCCCCACCCGUCGUCAGGUCUCUGUCUCCGUCACCACGGCCUCGAGACACGUCCCGAUGCAUCCUGGACACCCUGACCGAGUCAAACCGGCUCCUCAGACAGAUGUCCGAGUUCUUCCGCCGAGCCGAGCUGAACGAUCGCAUCACUCAGCGAAUGGAGCUGGGAGACGCGUCCAGCCCGCGGCCGGAGCUGCCCUCCAAACGGCCGGGCGGAGAGGUUAGGUCUCCGCCCCGGCGGCACCUGGGCGGUGACAGCUGGCGGUACACGGACCAGGCACCGACCGGCGGCGGGGGCACGACACGCAGCGACGGCGGCCUCUCGCACGGCGACGGUGUGCGCCCCUGCACCCUGCGGCAGUGUUCCGACAGCGAGCUCAGCGCCCGUAUCCGGCGGCUCGCCGCCGAGCAGGCCGGCCCGGGACGCGGCUGGGAGCGGCCGCGCAGUCCGGCGCCCGUCACCCAGCUACCCCUGCCGAGCGGCGGCGACUCGGUGCCCAGCUCGGGCCGCUCGUGGGCCAGCCCGCAGCUGCUGGAGCUGCACAGCGAGGACCGGCCGUACCGACCCCUGGUCAGCCCGCCGCCGAGGCACGCCGACACCCCGCGGUCCGAGUCCGGGGCGGAGGACGGGCCGCGCACCUCCAGUCCCGUGGCGGCGGCCCCGCCGGCCGUCUGCUCCCACCGACAGGCCGCCGAGGACAUCGACAGCACAGACGUGCUGCUCAACUACGACCCCUGGCACGCCAUCGAAAACGACUUCAAAACGCUACUCAACUGAAAUGUCUCACUGUAAUGUGACAUGUUCGCCGCUGAUGUAAUACUUUGACAAACGAGCGAUUGUGAUGUAAACGACUUCGAACGAUCUAAUACAAGACAUGUGUCGCACUGAA